AUGGCAAAAUUUACGCACCUUUUAUUUUGUAUCACCCUAAUUACCACCUUGAUUUCGGCCAUCUAUACUAUCAGUUUACCAACUAACGAGACGGCUCAUGGUGCUGUCGUCGUCACAAAUAAUGAAAAUGGUAUCGUAGUAAAGGUACCAGUAUGCUAUGGACCACAUGAUUGUGGUCACGGAAAGUGCAUUGAAAAUCGCACAAGCUGUCAAUGUGAACGAGGAUGGAUCACAGUUAAUAGUACGAAUGCAAGUGAAGAGACAAAAUAUUGUAAUUAUCAACAGCGUUCGAAGAAAACAGCUUUCUUUUUAUCAUUCUUCGUUGGCGUGUUCGGUGUUGAUUGGUUUUAUCUUUGCAGAUCAAAUUUACUCUUCAUAUUUGCUGGAAUAUUGAAAUUAUUUUUGGGGCUCAGUUGUGGAGGUGUUUGGUUUUCAACAUGUUUCGCGUCAGAAAAUGGAAGUAUUGAAUCAUCUAAAUCCAAAUUUCGCGCUGCUAGCACAUUCUUCAGUUUGUUAACAUUUGCAUGGUGGAUUGUUGAUUGGAGCCGUAUAUUAGGAAAUCGCUUUCCGGACGGUAAUGGUAACAUACUUGGUUCAUGGUAG